AUGCACCGUAAAGCUAAGCUGCAAAUUCUCUAUUUUCAAGGGUCCAAUUCCGACAAUCUACACCUCCGAAUAGCACCCGCCAAGCCAUGCAGAUACGCGGUGCUCGGAGAAUAUGUUCUAACCGAUCUCUGGCAUGAGUAUCAAGAAGGUGGAGAUGCCACAGUGACGAUGGCCCGGUACCAGAGACGGCAGUUCCUUCAACCACCGUGGUGGAAGGCCAACAAUAUCGCCUCGGCUCGCUAUCGAGAUCAAAAGCAACGUCAGGUGCAAAUUAUCAGCGACCGAAAACCCACACGCAGCAGAGUUUGCGAAGAAUGUGGAGCACCAUCACCGAAAAGAUACAAAGUCUGGGUGUGCGCCAACCCACGAUGUGAGAAAUUCUCAACGGCAGAAAACGGGGAGGUCUUGUCCGAGGAUGUUUUAUUCUCCACGCAUUGGCUGCUUGAGAGGGUAGCAUCAACCGGCGAGGCAGGCCUUGACUUCGGAUCCAACCGACUCAGACGCCCAACACAGCCAACUGACAUGCGAAAGGGGUCAGUCUGCCCUAAAUGCAGGAAAUGUGUUUCGCGAUUCCACUGGGCGUUGUGGAUCUGUGAAGGACCAUACGGGUGCGGUCACGCCGUCUCUCUGACUGUCGAUAUACCAGAACUCCAAAAUCUCUUGAAAGAACGAUCAAGAGGUUUCACUCAAGCCAGACAUCCAUUUCACAGCCUCCACGAUCCCCGAAACCUUGAGCGGGAAUUCAUCAGCCACGGGAUUACUUUCAUUGAGUUUAAGCAUGAAAUGCCCGGUGGAAGCGUGAUCAAGCUCCUCAAGUCCCGACCCCCCCGUACAGCUACCCCAGGCACGAUAUUCGACGAUCUAUUCAACAGUAUCAUCUGGGAGGCCAAUCACGGAAGCCGCCUUGAUCUCCAGCGCCAUACAGCGUCGAAUAGAUUCACAGGCACCAGGAUCAACAGAUACGAGAUCAGCUUUGGAGAGAAAGGGGACCCGAGUGCAUUUUAUCCGGUGGUGCCUUUGGAAAAUGCACCCGCGUCUGUUCAAACGGUGCUUGAAAUACUCACAGAGCUGUUGGAGGAGGAUAUACAGGAUACGACGGUGAAGCGUACAGAAAAGACCCAGGACCCCUGGUUGUUGACAGUCACCGCGUACGUGGGCGGUGAACAAAAGGAAUAUUUCAAGCCUGCUGGAUAUAACAGAGCCGGAGACGUGACGGCAACCUUGUGCUUGGGAAGCCCGGUGAGAAUGAGAUGGCGAUACAGCCCUGAUUACUGGAACCACACUCAGGCAGGACGGGUGCUAGAUGGCUCCCCGUUACCAGAGACGAAGCACUUCGAGGCUCUACAACAACUCAAGGGAAGAAAAAUGUCGCGCGGUGAAUACGAAAAGCAGAGACAGGAGAUACUGGACAGUUCUGAUGGUCAAUCACGGCCUCGCAAUGAGAUCCCGACAUAUUUGACUGCUGAUUUGACGCAUGGUGAUAUCCUGAUCACAGAGGGUGAUGCGAUAGGGUCGCGCUUUGACUGGGCGGUGGAGCCACAGGGACUUUUACACAUUCGACUGACAACGUUCAGGGUACAAGAUGGCGAUGAUGACGGAAGAGGAAGAGGAAACAGCGCGGCGAGACGGAGCACCUCUCGAAGUCGCUCAAGGGGAGGCAUUUCCACACGAGCCACAAAGGCUCAGAGGGUGUCUUCUAGAACGAGAGGAACGCCGGAAAGAACAUCAAAACGGAUUACAAGGGGUCCCUCCAAAACAGGGAGAGGUUCUUCCGAAAACCGACAAGAAGAAAGCGCAGUGGAAGCAGAGAGCCCAACGCCACCCGUACCAAGAAGUCGAGGCAGAAAAGCUGGUUCUCGCCAGAAGAAUCAAAAAAGAAAGAGCACGUCACCAGGUCCCUCCAAAACGCCCAACUCGAAAACAAGGAGACCGGCAAAGGAAGCAAGGGAUAGGACAAAAGCUCAAUCGGGACACUCGGAAUCAGUGUCCUCUUCGAAUGUGUCCAUAGCGUCUUCCUCCGAUGGCGAAGACCAAAUACCCAAAAGGCGAAAGACACAAGCUACGCUUACUACAAAGACCAUGAGUGCCCCAACAGGGCCUAAGCUUAGGUCGAUUCUCAGAACUGCCGCCAGUAUGAAACCGAAGACAACCUCGAAAACAUCGAGGUCAGACUCCCCCGACAUACUCACGACUCUUCAACCAUCUAACACUGCCGCCACGACCUCAAAACUGAGGUCAAACUCACCCGACAUACUCACUACCUCACACCAACCAUCUCACACUGCUUCUGGACACAUUCCAACUCUUUCACGGAGAAGAUUCAUAUAUCAAACCCCUAAAAAGCCACAAGCCAGUCCACUAAACGCGAGAGAAAUAAAAUAUGUCGAAACAAUCUUGCACCCAGGUCCCGUGCCAACCAACUUGAAUUCCACGACCAAGGUUCCGGACAAGAUUAAUCCACCUGGUCUUGAGGGAAGGUCUGUACCGCCGUUGCCUGUACCGCUCAGGCGCAACCCUCGGCCUGUGAUACCAUCAUCAAUACUGAAGCCUAGGUGCGGAAGUGCUGCUCCUGUCGUUGGCUCAAAGUCACCUGAGACACGCACAGCACAGCACUUACCUUGGGAAAUCGACACACUAGGGGUUCCUGUUCCUCCCACGCUGCUGUCAAACCCAAUACAGGACCAAGAGCGUACGGGUGGCACUGGAAAAUCCAAGGCAAAUCAUCUCGCACCUACAAGUCCGAACACCCACGAGUCUCCCGCCUCUUCAAAUCCCCAAGUCAAGACGCCCCUCCUUCCCAGCCCACCGCCUCCCAAAACUACCAUCGAGAACAACAGUCUCGUCAGCCCCCCAAUCAGCAACACCCCCACACGACAUCUUCCGGCCACCGCUCGAAGGACAAGCACCACCAUCCCACCCGCCAGCCCAACCCUCAACCGCCAGCGUUCCCUACAACUGCAAGACCCAAACCUCAAAGUCAUCACCAUCUCGCCCUCUCCAUCCCCCUCCCCAGCCCCAGAGCCUCAACCUUCAGCCCAAAAUCAUGACCGAAACGGCUCCUCCAGCUCAUCCUCAUCCUCAUCCUCAUCCUCAUCCGAAGACGAAGACGAAGACGAAGACGACAACGGCGCCUCGUACAAACUACCGGCCCCGGACAGGACGCGGUCGAGGUCGAGGUCGCUGUGGGGGAGAUUGUGGGGGUCGUGA